CCCACCCUAAUCAACAAAGACAACACACAAUCCCCCCAGAACCCGAAAACCAAAUAUGGCUCUUUCAAGUUCAUGUUUUCUCUUCAGUGCCCUUCUCUUGGGCUACUGCUUCUUGUUUGUUGCAACACAAGCUCAAGUUCCAGCCCAACAAACCUUCAAAUUCAUCAACCGCGGCGAAUUCGGACAACCGACCGCCGAAUACAAUGCCAACUACCGUGUCAUCCAAACCAAAAAUAUUAACUUCUUUACGUACCCUUUCCAGCUGUGCUUCUACAGUACCAUCCCUGGUGCUUACAUAUUGGCCAUCAGAGCAGGCAUUCCGGGAGACCAAACCCCCAUGCGGUGGGUCUGGGACGCCAACCGCAACCACCCGGUGGGCGAGAACUCCGUCCUCUCUUUCGCCUCGAAUGGAAACUUAGUGCUGGCCGAGGCAAACGGCCGAAUCGUGUGGCAAACGAACACGGCCAAUAGAGGUGUCACCGGCAUUAAAUUGCUCCCCAAUGGCAACUUGGUCCUUCACAAUGCCAAAGGAAGGCCCAUCUGGCAGAGCUUUGAUUAUCCAACUGACACUCUUCUAGUUGGCCAAUCGCUUCGGACCAACGGCAUUAACAAGCUCAUAAGCCGUAAGUCUGACACAGAUGGCUCUGAUGGGCCCUACAGUUUGGUCCAUCAAGAAAACGAAGGGUUGUAUUUGUACGUGAAGGACAACUACGGCCAGCUUAUCCGAUACAGCGGUUGGGGCUACGCUGAGCGUGCGGCCACCGUGGUCUUCGACGGAAAGGCUGCCGAGAACCACAACUCUACGGCUCAUGUACUCGCUUUUACAGCCUACAGAAACCAAACAACUCUUCCACCACCUAGCGAUAUAUUCACCCUCAGAACACUCAACUAUAACACGACCCUUUCUUUCGUAAGAAUUGGGUCCGAUGGCAAUCUCAAGGCCUACACAUAUCAGGUGGGCAGCAAUGGAAGGAGCUCCAAAUGGGAAGAGGGAUUCGCAUAUUUCUCGACAUAUUGGGCUAGCCUAUGCUCGCUGCCCACCAGGUGCGGUUCAUUCGGGUUGUGCGAAAGGGGCGUCUGCUUGGCUUGCCCCACACCCAAAGGUCUCGUAAGUUGGAACCAGAGCUGUGCACCGCCCAAGUUGUCACCUUGUCAGAAUGGAGCGGCCAAGAAGGUGAAUUACUAUAACGUAACUGGGGUGCAGCAUUUUACGGAUAAUGUAGCCAAUGGCGGAGAAGGAAUGAGCUUUGAGGAGUGCAAAAGCAAAUGCGAUGCGGACUGUAAGUGUUUGGGGUUCUUCAUGUUCGAAGAUUUUAGGUGUAUCAUUGCUACGGUGCUGGGAACCCUUCGAAAGGCUGAGAAAACCACUGCUUAUAUCAAGUAUUAAAUCGAACUUUUAUGUGUGAGAUGACUUAUGGUACAGGACCUCAUAUAUUUGCCCAUUAGGCUGUCCUUGCAAGGUUGAUGAUUUAUGGUGUUAGUUAAUAUUAUUUUGCAUAAACUAUGGAUAUGUUAUAUAGCUAGUGUUUCGGCUUUUGAUUUUCAAUAUAUAUAUAUAUAUAUAUAUAUGUUGGAAAUUAAAAAAUUUUAUUUGAAAAAAUAAAAUAAUGAUUAUUACCAUUGUGGCGAAUGUUUUGGCUUUUAAUUAAGAAGUAUAAAUUCCCUUGUAACAGCCACAGCAUUAUAAAGAAUAAAAUUCAUUUGUCUUA